AUGCUCAACAGAGACGCGAUGUCCGUCGCCGCCGAAGCCCUCUGCGUGGCCCUGGAAGCCCUCUGCGUGGCCCUGGAAGACGAGCUGGACGACGAGCUGGCCUCGAGCAGGCAUCGUUGGAGGAGCGGCAGCGGCUGUGCAGCCCCCUCCAAGCCAGCCGUCACUGAGCAGCCGCGCCGCAGCCAGGCAACUGUGGCGGCUGCCCGUGCCGGUGAGUCGAAGCGAGAGGCACCGGCCGCAGAAGGAGCGUCGUCAGCCCCAGCCCCAGCAGCGGCCACACCACCCAAGCUCUUUCUCCCUCCAGCAGGCCCCUUGGAGGGAAUUGGCCGACUGAUAGAUAUGCUCGAGAGCGCCAUCAGCCAGGUCCCACAAAGUUCCUUCGGCGGCAUUGCUUCAGUGGAGUGGGGGCGGGGAGGGCUCAUGCCAGCGUCGGGUGUUUCGGCUCAUCCGGCUGCUGUAUGUGCUCGACAUGGAUGGCGACUGGGCGGGCAGUGCGGAGCUGAUCCGAUUGGCAAGCCACUAUCGCCGGAUCGAGGGGCCGCUGCCCAUGCAGCUGACGGCGGCGGAUGUGCAGCACGCGGGCAGGAAGGCGAGAGUCGACAGGCGCCCGGCGAGCAUGCGCCAGUACUUUCCCUUGGGCCACCGGCUGGGGACGGGCAUGACGCUGACACGUGGGGGGCGGGGCAGAGACAAGCUGGGCGACGGCAUUCUGGUGGUGCACACUCGCGAGACGGUGCCCGAUGCAUACAAGGAUGGAUUCGAUGACGACGACCCUGUGUGUGGCAUCACUCACUGUAAGUCGGGGGGACCAGACAGCAGAGGUGCGGUCGUGUGUGCCACGUACAUAACCGUUCUCUUUGUCAAUUGGUCUGUCUGUCUGUCUGUCUGCAGUCAAUCCGUAUCUCCAUCGUGGCUUCCUCAACUUGGCGACCAAUCGGUGGGUAUACAACCUUCGAGCACAGCAAAACACAGGGCAGCAAGCUGUCAUCCUUUUGCCUCUUCCCUUUUGCCAUUUCAUUCAGGAUGAUCCAGACCACAUCAAGACAGACGUAUGCAGCCAACACAUCGACCAGAGCAGGCAGUGUAUCGCAUUCUCUGUUUCCUUCCUUCAACACCUUCAGAGUGCACUGUGUGACAAGUGUGGAGUAUCUCCAGUGCCAUUCGCCCGCUGCCUAUGCCCUCCUGGCCCAGCAGGGGCAGCUGUGGGGCCACCGCACCAUCAUCGACGACCGACUCAACAGCCGGACAGUCAUUCUGUGUGGUGACAAGCCUGGCGACAACUUCGCGGCCCACAUUCGCAUCAAGAUAGACACCAUCCUGUCGGCAUCCAUCGCGCUGUACAGCAUUGAGGAGCGCCACGGAAAUCGCAGUGGUGUGGCGGGCAGUCCGUUGGCAGCUGGCGUCGCUCGUCGUGUGAUGGGCGGGGAUGCAUGGGUGAUUCUGCCAGGUAUGAACGAGCAUGUGGAGGGGUGAAAGGGGUGGGAGGGUUGAACUCAUGUGAUUGAGUCCAUCCCACCUCCGUGUUCCUCAGGUUGUCCCAGUCCUAGUGGUGGUGGUGACGGUGAUAGUGAUGUGGCGGCGGUGAGCCACAGAUGCCACCCUUCAAGUUCGCCCAUCGAAAAUGGUCAGCCGCGGCCAGCCACUGUUGAUGGAUUGGGUUUGGUCAAACAGCUGCGGGCAGAGGGCAGACACACACAGCCAGCUGCUGAUCAGACAGACGCUCUCCAUUAAUGUUUGUUGUGUACGUUUGUCUCCUGUCUCUUAACGCAGAAGCCCCCAGCCCCAGCUCCGAGGGCGCCAAGCCUGGGAGAGGACAAAGAACUGGCCGAAGCCAUGGACAUGCUCGAGAGCGCCAUCAGCCACGCCGACUCCCUCAGCGACAGUGGCUACCCCAAGGAGCAGCUGAUGGACAUUGCCGUGAUGGUGUGUGUCAUCGAUGCACUCGAGAAGGCCUACUGCAUCCUCACGGCCAACAUCCCCCGAUUCGACUUCGAGAAAAGAAACACGCCAGCUCAGAAGAAGCUGAUGGCGCCCCUCGUGUCAAUCUCAACCUUAUCAAAGCGGCGGACGCAUGGCUCGAGGAGACACCCGUGCAGCCGUCCGUCAGUCUAAGGCCCAAUGGACGGC